CAGAAUGAGAUGAAAAAAACAUCACUACUCUCUGAUACUUUUCCUGGAAAAAUCUUGAUGCAUUGUUAUCGAUGCCAGGAGGUCCCGUUUUACCACUGGUUAAGGGUUUCAGGAGUUGUUAACAUGAGUGGAGGGCUAGCACCAAGCAAAUCUACAAUAUAUGUUGGAAACCUACCUUAUUCCCUCACCAACAAUGACUUGCACAAGAUAUUUGAAAAGUAUGGAAAAGUUGUAAAGGUGACAAUUCUUAGAGACAAGGAGACGAGAGAGAGCAAAGGAGUGGCAUUUGUGUUGUUCUUGGAUCGGCAGUCAGCACACAAGGCAGUAGCAGCAGUCAACAAGAAACAGGUACAUUAAUUUAUUUACUAGCUAAUUAAUCCUUCACACCAUGUCAUCAGAUAGCAUAAUUAUUCUCCAU